UGGUCUGGGGGUCAGAGCAUGCGAAUCGGUGUCCGCAGAGGAAUUGGAUGACGGGGAGAACCGGGAUGUUCUCUUGAAGGAGACACGGGGCAGGCAGGGCAGGUCUUUUACUUAAACUGCAAAUUUAACCUGGAGAAAAGAUAAGAGAGGAGGGUGGGAUGGAGAGAACUCCUGGAAGUUAGGACAUUAAGGGCCGUUUAUAACUUGGAGGAAGGAUUAACUUCAAUACCUGACAUUUUCUUUAGGGUCUGGUGCAUAAUUUAUAUUUCGAACAAAAAAACCUGUUGAGCUUUACUUCCUGUAAAUCUCAAACUCUUGUGAAACUCAGUGUGGAAUGAAGGUGGGAGUUUUUUUCCUCCCCAUUUUUUUUCUGUUUGGGAAGAAAAGAUAAAUAUUAUGGUGGAUGCCUUUUUUAAAAAACAACACAAAGGUUUUCUAAUGCCCCAUUUUAGAUCUGGAUUAACUCUGGCCUGAUUACAUUCAAGGCACGCCACGCCCAUUAAAAUUUAAAGAGUACAGUGUUAAAAAAGCGUAGCCAUAUUUUUUGUUUUUAUUUUGCAAUCAUGUUGCUUAAAGUACACAGAUUUAGUAGGAAAGUGUUUCGUAGCUUGAUGUGCUGCCCUAGUUUGGGUGUCAUCUGCCUUGGAAUUGGGAAAAGUUUAAGUUGGCAGCUUCCAUGUAGAAACUUCCACAUCUCCUGUCAAAGAUGUACAGUGAUGCCAUCCUGGGUGAUUGACCGUUAUGGGAAAAAUGAUGUGCUGCGAUUCACCACUAACAUGAUGCUGCCUGUAAUCAACUUCCCUAAUGAAGUUGUUAUUAAAGUCCAUGCUGCAGGUUUAAAUCCCAUUGAUGUUAACAUGCGAAGUGGUUAUGGAGCUGCUGCACUAAGGAUGACCCGAGAUCCGCUGCAUAUCAAAAGCACAGGCAGUGAAUUUCCUCUCAUACUUGGUCGGGAUGUUUCGGGGGUUGUGAUGGAAUGUGGAUUAAAUGUGUCCUAUUUCAAACCUGGAGAUGAGGUUUGGGCAGCGGUUCCUCCCUGGAAACAAGGCACUUUGUCAGAGUUUGUUCUGGCAAGUGGAAAUGAGAUAUCAAGAAAGCCCCAAUGUCUCAGUCACACUCAAGCUGCUUCCUUGCCUUAUGUUGGUCUAACAACAUGGUCUGCAAUGAGACAGGUUGGGGGGCUAAAUCAGGAUAAUUGUAGUAAUAAAAGAGUAUUGAUCUUUGGAGCAUCAGGUGGAGUGGGUACUUUUGCUAUACAGUUAAUGAAAGCCUGGGGUGCUCACGUGACAGCGGUUUGUUCCCAAGAUGCCAGUGAACUGGUGAAACGUCUCAGAGCAGAUGAUGUGGUUGAUUACAAAUCUGGAAGAGUGGAAGAACAGCUGAAAAAAUUACCACUGUUUGAUUUUAUUCUAGAUAAUAUUGGUGGAUCCACUGAAAAAUGGGCUCCUGAACUCCUCAAAAAGUGGUCAGGAGCCACAUAUGUCUCUUUGGUAACACCCUUCUUAGUGAACGUGGACAGGCUUGGUGUAGCUGAUGGCAUGUUACAGACUGGAGUGACUAUUGGUGCAAAAGCUGUCAAGCAUCUUUGUAAAGGGAUCCAUUACCGGUGGGCAUUUUUCGCACCAAGUGGCGUUUAUCUGGAUGAAAUAGCUGAUCUUGUUGAUGCAGGAAAGAUACAGCCAGUUAUUGAUGACGUUUUCUCAUUUUCUGACGUUCCCAAGGCCUUCCAGAAGGUGGAAGAAGGGCAUGCACGUGGGAAAACUGUGGUUAAUGUAACAAACAAACAAACAAACAAAUAAAUAAAUGCUUUCUCUCUAGA